AGCUGCUUGGGCCGAAGACCUUUCGCCCGCGUUGGGUCGAAACGUUGAAGGCGUCGUAUCGAACGCCAUGGCUUUGCCGCGGGAUGAUCCGUUCAUCGAAGAACUCAUCGGUAAGAUGACUUUGGAAGAGAAAGCGGGGCAACUGACCAUUUUGGCGGACACCAUCCGCCCAUGCAAUCCGGACAUCAAUCCGGAGGUAAACCAUCGCCAAGCGAAUGAGAUGGUCGAUCAGAUCCGCCUGAGCCGUGUGGGCUCAAUUUUUAACGGGGUCGGGGUCAAGGAGGGUAGAGAAGCCCAACGAAUUGCACUGGAGGAAACACGCUUGGGUAUACCUUUGAUCUAUGGAAGCGACGUGAUCCACGGCAUGUGGACGGUGUUCCCCAUUCCCCUGGCCGAAGCCAGCAGCUGGGAGCCCUCGCUGGCGCAGCAAACUGCGCGCGCCACCGCGCUGGAGACGACGGCCUCGGGGAUCCAUUGGACCUUCGCCCCCAUGGUGGACGUGGCCAGAGACCAACGAUGGGGUCGAGUGGCUGAAGGCUCCGGGGAGGAUGUCUUUUUGGGCCAGACUUUUGCGGUGGCGCUGGUGAAGGGCUUCCAGGGCCAGGAACUGACAGCUGAGGAUAGCCUACUGGCCACCCCCAAACAUUUUGCCGCCUAUGGUGGAGUCUCCGCAGGCAUGGAGUACAACUUCGUGGAUCUCUCCGAAGCCACGCUGCGCGACGUCCAUCUGCCCGCCUUCAAGGCCACGCUGGACGCGGGCGCGCUGACGCUCAUGAGCGCCUUCAACGACAUUGCCGGUGUGCCGGCCACUGGAAACAGGUGGCUCAUGACUGAGAUCCUUCGCAAAGAGUGGGGGUUCAAAGGCUUCGUAGUCUCGGACUACACCGCCGACGAGGAGCUGAUCCACCACGGCUUCGCAGCCGACGGAAAGGAUGCAGCGCGUUUGGCCUUCACGGCCGGCGUGGACAUGAGCAUGCAGAGCGGACUGUGA